AUGGCAUCUCCUCAAAAGCUCAGAACCACGGCCACCGAUCUGCUCAACAUCAAGCACCCAGUCCUGCUUGCGGGCAUGAACGUGGCCGCCGGUCCCAGGCUGGCCGCUGCAGUCACUAACGCCGGCGGUCUGGGUGUCAUUGGCGGUGUCGGAUAUACCCCUGACAUGCUCCGAGAACAAAUUGCCGAAUUGAAGGAAUACCUCAAUGACAAGAACGCUCCUUUCGGUGUUGAUCUACUCCUGCCGCAAGUAGGCGGUAGCGCGAGAAAGACAAACUACGAUUACACAAAGGGCAAACUGGGUGAAUUGGUCGAUAUCAUCAUUGACUCGGGUGCCAAACUAUUCGUUUCUGCCGUUGGUGUACCGCCCAAGGCAGUUGUCGACAAGCUCCAUCAGAAUGGUAUCCUAUAUAUGAACAUGAUCGGCCACGUCAAGCACGUUAAGAAGUGUCUCGAACUUGGAGCCGACUUGAUUUGCGCCCAGGGAGGUGAAGGUGGUGGCCACACGGGCGAUAUCCCCACGAGCAUUCUUAUCCCCGCUGUCGCAAAGCUUUGCGCAGAGGCACCACCAUCCAAAUUCACCGGCAAGCCCGUCCAACUGAUCGCUGCCGGUGGGAUGUUCAACGGCCAAUCCCUGGCCAGCGCCUUGAUGCUGGGCGCUUCCGCCGUCUGGGUCGGCACCCGUUUCGUCCUCUCCGAGGAAGCUGGCGCUCCCAAGGCUCAUCAAGAAGCCGUCCGAACCGCCGGCUUCGACGACAAUGUCCGCACCAUCAUUUUCACCGGACGACCUCUGCGCGUCCGCAUCAACGACUACAUCAAGAACUGGGAGGAGAACAGACAGGAAGAGAUUAAGACCCUCACCGGAAAGGGUGUCAUUCCGGUCGAGCACGAUUUCGAAGAGAAGGGAGACGACCUGACCGACGAGGAUAUGGAGAAUGCUCGACCUUUCCUCAUGGGUAAGGCCGCUGCCGUGGUCAAUGAGAAGAAGUCGGCACGGGAAAUUGUUGAUGAGUUUGUCAAUGAUGCUGUCAAGUGCUUGCAAAACGGUAGCUCCCUGAUCAUAUCUCAAAGCAAGCUGUAG